AUGUCUUCACAAAAGAAAAAAACUACUUCCGACCAAACUGAAGAAAUAUUAGCAAUCGAUCUAAAAAGUCGAAAUACUGAUUUAGAACCAUUUCCGCAUCCGUUUUAUCCAGGUAGUUAUGGUGACGGAUGUGAACCAAAAACAUUAAUUGAAUUGGCAAUGAUGCGAUUGAGUGGAACUAUUCGAACGAAACUAAAAUGGUAUGGAAAAAUGAAAGAUGAAACAAUACGAAACAAGUGGAAACAAGAAGCUUCAGAGCAAACAUCGCUUACAGACAAACAAAUCAAUUAUGUUCUAGCUGAAUUAGAAUAUUACGAUUCGAUACGAGAUGGAUCUAUGGAAAUGUCUUCUGUCGAUGGUGUAUGGCAAAGUGAUGAAUUAAUACCUGAGGAUAUAAAAGAAUCAUUAAUUGAAUGUGUAAAGAGUUUCGAGAAUGUACCAGAAAAUGAACUAGAUUGGCAUCCUGGUACAAAUAAACAAAUACGAGAUUUAGUUCAUCCAUCAUUAUUUUGUUUUGUUAAUCAAAUGACAAGAGUUAUUAAUGAUAAGAAUCGUAUUAUGAAUGUAGAUAAUGCUCUAGAACAUAUUAAUGAUGGACAAAUUAUUGACAUCAAUGCAAAAGAAUCAUCUUCAAAAAAUAAACGGCAAAAAUCAAAACAUGAUUAUACUCGAUCGAAUACAUAUCAAUGGUUACCAGCUGAAUUUAAUGUUUCAAAGGAUGGUCAUGUUGCAAUCGAAUCAUAUAUCAAUAAUUUACAUCCAGUUGAAAAUAAAAAGUUAUAUCAAUUAAUUGAACAAAUAUGUGAACGUUUUAUACCUCUUUUUAACAAAGCUUUAACCGAUUUAAUUCAUAAUAGAUAUAAACCUAAUCGAAUCAUUGUCAAUCCAUAUCAAUGGUAUGAUAAUUCAAAUUCAUCGGAUAAUGAUAGUUCUGCAGGCGAUGAUGAUAUCGAUUAUGAUGAUCAUAGACCAAUUACAUUACCUGAUGUCGGAGAAUUUCGAAUGCCAUCAUCAACAACUCCGAGCAUUGAUUUACGUGGAAGACAACUACAAAUAAUUGUUAAAUUAGCUGAUAUUAUAUUAACACCAGAGAAUCCUAAAUAUCCUGGUGGUGUUUGGCAUGUUGAAGGAAUGGAGAAUGAGCAUAUUGUUGCUACAGGUAUUUAUUAUUAUUUUAAUUCUAAUAUCACACAAUCAGUUUUACAAUUUCGAACUGUGAUAAGUGAACCAAAUUAUCAACAAAAUGAUAAUCGUGGUGUAAGAAUCGUUUAUGGUUUAAAUGAUGAAGCACCGUUAAAUCAAACAUUGGGUGAAGUGAUUACUCAAGAAAAUCGUUGUCUUGUAUUUCCGAAUAUUUAUCAACAUCGUGUUGCACCAUUUCAAUUGAAAGAUCCUACCCAAUCAGGUCAACGUAAAAUAUUAGUACUUUUUUUAGUUGAUCCAACUGCUCGUAUAUUAUCUACUGCAAAUGUUCCACCGCAACAAUCUCAUUGGCUUGCCAGUCUUAUACGUUCUAUACCUCCAUUUAAUAGUUUGCCAUUAGUACUCAUCGAUAAAAUAAUGAAUUAUAUUGAUUUUCCUAUGAAUAUGAAACAAGCGAAACAACAUCGUGAGAAAUUAAUGGAUGAAAGAAAAUAUUUUAUUUCUCAAAAUAAUGAAUUACUGUUUGAAAGACCGUUUUCAUUAUGUGAACAUUGA